AAGUUUCCAGUGUUGACACAAUGAGCACCCUACAGAUCAUAUCAGACCUUCAUCUCGAAUCGCCCAAGGCCUACGACAUCUAUAAAAUCACCCCCAAGGCGCCGCAUCUCGCGCUUCUUGGAGACAUAGGCAACGCUGUCUCUCACAAGGACGACCUCCUGAAAUUCAUCACGUCUCAACUUCGCCAGUUCCAGACCGUCUUAUUCAUCCCAGGCAAUCAUGAAGCAUACGGCUCAGAUUGGCCAUCUACUCUGCAAACACUGAGAGCCUUUGAGCAACAGGUCCAAGAGCAGCGGCAAGGCAACAGCGGAGAUGAUCAACGGCUUGGCGAAUUUGUCGUUCUGGAUCGUGGUGUUUUCAAACUGCCCCUCACGGCUACAGGAGAGCAAACAGUCAUCUUAGGAUGCAGUCUUUUCUCCCAUGUCCCACCCAAUCGCGAGAUGGCCGUCGAGAUGGGCCUGCAGGACUUCUUCCAGACCACAUCCUGGGACAUUCGUGCACACAACGCAGCCCAUGCACGAGAUCUGGAGUGGCUGAACCGAGAAGUCCAGCAGUUGGGGAACAGAAAUGCUCGAAUCAUUGUGCUUACCCAUUGGAGCCCGACGACAGAUGCUCGCGCGACAGAUCCGAGACACAUUAACAGUCCCAUCACGGCCGGAUAUUCUACCGAUCUCUCGAGCCAGCCCUGUAUGGCUAAUGAAAGUGUUGUGCUCUGGGCGUUCGGCCAUACGCACUACAAUUGUGAUUUUGCCAUCGAGCGAGAGAAUCGUGUACCGUUGCGACUCAUGACGAAUCAGCGAGGCUACUAUUUCUCUCAAGCCGAAGGCUUUGGAGUGGGAAGGGUUGUUGAGCUCUAAAUCGCCAUACCCGGACGUUGUUUGCGACCUAUGGCGUACAAUAGCAAGCGCUAAACCUGCAACGGCCGAUUCUAUGGCACAGCGUGACGCAUUGCAUUGAAAUGGCCGAUCU